AUGGAAGUUAUAAUCAAAAAAAUUGAAGGAGUUGAAGAAAAAAUUGAAGUUAAAGAGAUUUCAGAUCUCAAAAGAAAAAUGGCUGCAACAAGAAAACAUCUUAAUAGAUUCAUGAAAGAUUACAACAUUGAAGGUCCAGAAGAGAUUGAGUUUAAUCAGGAUUUCAAAAACAUUGAUUGGGAAAAAUUUGCUGUAAAUGUAAAUGAAGGUAUUGGAUUCAAAUUUGAUUCUAGAGAAGAUGAAUGUAUCACUCAUUAUAUGGAAUAUAUUAAAAAAAUUUUUAAGGUUGAUUCCAACAGAUGGGUGCAAUCUGCACUGCAGCUAAUUUCAGCUCAUAUGAAAUCUACAUAUGUAACAUUACAUGUUCUAACCAAUUUAGAUGACAGUUGGAAUUUUUCAUGGAUUGAUGUACUACAUUGGUUAAUUAUACCUCCAACAGAUUCUUGUUCAGAAUAUGGUACAACACCAUGUAUUGCUGCAUUGAAUUUUAUUGAUUGGUGGAUAAAGAAAAUUAUGCAUGACAGAGAAAUUGUAGAGAUGGAUUCUGAAUCUUUGACUAUAUUCAAUUAUCCAAUAAUUUCAAAUGAUAUUGAAACAAAAA